UAAAUCCAUUUUCUUUUCCUUCCUUCAUGCUCUCCUUCUUUUCUACGAAGACAAGCCAAGAACCAAACAAACAACACACACACAAAGUCUCUUAUUUUUUCUCUUUUCAUUUCAUCGAUUUCAUAUCAUUCUUCUUCAAUCUCUUCAAUUCCAUCAAAACCCAUCUCUAAUUCCUUCUAAUUUAUCAUACCCAUUUCCAAAUCUUGCCCUUCCACUCAAUCACACUCACCAUUUUUCCCAAUCUCCCUAAUGCUCCACUUUCCUUCUCCUCAUCUUUUGAUUCCCCUUUCUCCUUUGAUUCUUUUCUUCCUGACUCUAUUCCCGAAUGGCUCUUUCAAAUAAUGAACGUAAAUUUCUCUUAUGAACAAAUGUUCAACAAGGCAUGCAGAGUUGAGGGUACGUGCUUGAGGUUUUUGUGAUUCCUUUUUUUCUUCGGGGUAUGGCGAAUCGAGUUGUUAAAGUCAAGAGGGAAGCCAUUGCAGCAUGCAUAACUUGCCCACUUUGUAAUAAGCUUUUGAAAGAAGCUACAACUAUUUCUGAAUGUCUUCAUACUUUUUGCAGAAAGUGCAUAUCCGACAAGAUUUCUGAUGAAGAAAUAGAGAACUGUCCAGUAUGUAAUAUUGACCUUGGGUGUGCCCCAUUGGAGAAAUUAAGGCCAGACCACAAUCUAGAAGAUUUGAGGGCCAAGAUAUUCCCUAGUAAAAGGAGAAAAGUCAAGACGCCGGAAGUUGCUCCUGUUGUACUACCACCAGUUAGAAGAAAGGAAAGAUCACUUUCGUCAUUGGUGGUCAAUAGUCCCAGAGUUUCAAGCCAUGCCACCACAACUGGAAGAAGAACAGCAGCUGCUGCUGCAAGGAUUGCUUCUAUCUUACGAACACCAAGAGUCUCUUCUGAGAAGCGUGUGAAGAAAGAGGAUGAUUCCGUGGACGAUCGAUCAGAGAGCUCAAGUUCUUUUGAAACAUCGGACAAAUUCAAUCAGAAUAAAAGGACGGAUUCCAGUCCUACCAAGUCUACCAUACCUUUACGAAGUAAAGAAACCGAGAAUGGUGUUAACUCGGUGGAACGGAACUUGGAUAUUUGGAAACCUUUAAAUUGUUUGGUUGAAGUUGCAAAUAGGAGUAAAUGUUCCAAAUCUAAUUCACAAGGAUUUGAAACUAAAGUCGAGGCUGCAGAAGCCAAUGGAAGUGAAGCUCAAGCCAGCAAAUCUAGAAAUAGGGAAGGCAAACGCAAGCAAAAACGGGAGAAUGGAAAAACUAGAGCGGAUCCUGUAUCUCCAGAAACUGAAAAACCUAAGAAACUGCGCAGGGUCCGCCAGAAAAGGGAAUCUUUCUAUGGGGACUCCAGCCUUACACCUCAGGUUGUGUUAGAUGCCUCUAGUGCUCGGCAUGAAAUAAAAGCUGGUCCGAUUUGGCUUUCACUCAUAGCUUCUGAUCAGGAAGGAGAUGUAUCAUUGCCGCAAAUUCCUGCUAAGUAUUUGAGAAUAAAGGAUAGAAACUUGCCAGUAUCAUUUGUCCAGAAGUACCUUAUGAGAAAGCUGGAUCUCCCAAGUGAAUCAGAGGUUGAAGUCAAGUGUAUGGGACAUCCAGUAGUUCCCACACUGGAUUUGCAUAGUUUAGUUGAUUUGUGGCUACAAACAGCAUCGACCUCUGAAAAGAUCCCAGCAUCAAUCGGCUCAUCAGCAGAGGACUUCAUCAUGGUUCUUUACUAUGCUAGAAAGACCAUAGUUUCUUGAUCUUCAAUUUCGUUCCCUAUACAUUAAUCUGCAUCUUCACACGGUUCGCGCUCUGCCCAUCAUCUCUUUGGUAUCCUCAUUGUGAUUUUGAGUAAGAAGAGAUAGUUGCGAAGCCGGUGAAACACGGUCGAGCGGGUAGUCAGGUCAGUUUAAAUGACAGCAUCAACCCCAGUUGCUCAAAAGGUGGUUAGAUUUAAGAUUUAGUAAGAUUGGAGAUAAGAAUAGAAGAAUUUAGAGUAAGCUAACAGCUAUUAUGGGAGUUACCAUAAUACACACAAUUGAAAUUCUUUAUACACCCACAUCAUUAAAUAAAGGCAUCAACAUUUUCCUUUCAUUUAAAAAUUAUGUAUGUGGUGUGUGGGUGUAAUGAAAUAUUUUUAAAAUGUGUGUUUUGUUUUUAGGAACUCCCUCAGCAGCUGCUUUUACUUUGUUAGAGUAUGUACUUGUUCAAUACCAAAUUAUCCUCAUUAUUCUAAUAAAGUUUCAUUUCUCUCUCA